AUGCUUGGAAUCUCUUUACCGAGCGGUGAGAUGCAAGAUAUUGUCAUGAGGAAAGCAUACAAAAAUGCCAGCCUAGAUGCCUCCGGGACCGACUAUGUUGAGUGCCAUGAACAUUUGCUCACCGUGUCUACAAAUGGUGUCCCUGUAAAUGGUGCUAUGAAUGGUGAUACAAAUGGUUUCAAGACGAAUGCUACCCCUAUAAUUGGCGUCCAGGAGAACGGUACCGAAGAUCAACAGAAAUUUCUCCUGAUGCCCAUGUCAGCAGCGUCGACCAACUCACUGAAAUUGCUCGUUCAACAAAUAUCCAAUACAGUCUUGCAAUCCGGUGACAUUGGGACCCUACAGAGCAUAGCUCAUACUCUCUUUAAAUGCCGUGAUUAUCUGCGAUAUUGGAAGCACACAGUGACGGAGGAUGAUGCACCCUCCAAAGGAACAGUUGAUCCCUUACUCUUCGCUUUUGUGUUUACCGGCCAGGGGGCACAAUAUCCUGGUAUGGGCAAGGAGUUGGUGUCCCAAAGCCAGCACUUCCGUAACACCAUCCGUGACAGAGGCUCUUGGAGCAGAUAAAUGUUUUCAAGCUAGCAGAUUAUCUCCAACUUCAACUAGACGAAAACAAAGGAAUUACAGGGUUUGCUCCUGGAAUGCUUGUAGAUGCGGAUGACACUGCAAAAUCAAUCUACUCGCUCAGCCUUUUUACCGCCCAACCAACUGUGUAGCUAUGUUGAAAGCAUUUCAAAACUUACAAUCUAGAGACGAAGGAGUCAGGGGUACCAAUUGCACUGUGCUUAU